UUAAGGCUGGGCUCCAUGCCCAUCAGGAACUUCCUCUUCCGCCUCCUGCAGCUGCUCUCCACCUGCGUGCCCUUCUCCCUGGUGGCCAGCGAUGACAUUCUGAAGGGGGACAUCAUUAACUGGUACAUGUUCCUCUGGUGCUUCUGCUUCAUUGUGAGCCUCCUCAUCUUCCUAGUGGAGCUUUGCGGGCUCCAGUCCCGCCUCCCCUUCUCCUGGGAUGGAUUUCUCUAUGCCUAUGCCUUUAACUUCACCAUCGUCUGCCUCACAACCUCCAUCAUCUUCGGCACCGCCCACAUUCAGUUCUUGUCUCCAGGCCCCACCCGGGACCGCGCCACCACUGCCACCGCUUUCUCCUGCAUCGUCGCUGUGCUUUACGCCAUUGAAGUGGCCUGGGUCUAUGUCCGUCCUGGUGAUAUAUCCUGCUUUGUGCCCACCUUGCCAGGCAUGCUCCGGAGGCUGGAAAGCAUUGUGGCCUGUUUAAUCCUCACCAUCAACAGCAGCCGCUCCCUGUACCAGCACCAGCCGGCCCUGGAGUGGUGCGUGGCCGUGUAUGCCAUCUGCUUCAUCCUGGGCGCCGUGAACUUCCUGGUGAAUGGGUCUGACUGUGACAACGACAAAAAGCUGCCCAUUCCUUACCCCCGCUUCCUGCAGGGACAGACCGUGCUCUCACUCCUCCUCUACGCCAGCGCUCUGGUCCUCUGGCCUCUCUACCAGUUCAGUGAGAAGUUGGGCGGCCAGCCCCAGCGGUCCAGCGAUGACAGCUGCAGCGAUCACCACACCUCUUUCGUCUGCAUCUGGGACCUACGACUGACUGUGACCAUCUUGACAGCCAUCAACCUGCUGCUUUACGUGGUUGACACCGCGUACUUGGCCCGAGAGGCUCUUGUAGGAACUCAGGCUCAGCCCAGGGGCUCCCAAUAACUUUUUUCACUGGAAGUUUCUUUACUGGUGUCCUCUGAAGGUCCCUCUGUCCCUUCUCACGUCCCUCCCCCUCAUCCCAGCCUCUUCUCUGUUCCCUUCCCUUCUUCUGCUCUGUCUCCCUCCCUCUUUUCUCUGGCUGCCCACACUCUGCUUUGCCU